UAUUCAGCAACCAUUUGACCUCUUUUCAUAUUUAACUGACCUCAGCACCAUGGACAUCAUCAUCUUCCUCUGUUUCUCCUCUCUGAUUGCAAAUGGUGUGUUUGGUGUUGAAGUGAAGUCAGUGUCAGUGAUGGAGGGACAUUCUGUUACUCUACACACUGAUGUUGUCAAACAGAGAGAUGACAAGAUAAUGUGGUAUUAUGGGCCUGAAAACACAUUUGUUGCCAGAAUCAAUGGAAAGGCCAAUAGCACCAUGUUGUCUGAUGAAGAGAUGUUCAGAGACAGAAUGAAGAUGAACAAUCAGACUGGAGAUCUCACCAUCACACACAUCACAUCUCAACACUCUGGACUUUACACACUGAAGAUCAGCAGCAACAUGAAACCCACAUACAAGACAUUCAACCUCACUGUCUAUGUGAUGAAUGUGAGUGACGAAACGCCCUCCUGGUAUGGAAGCCACAAACACUCCAGCAACAGUGUGUCUGACCGGAAGAGCUUCUCUCUUCAGCGUUCAAAGACCGAAACUACAGCAGCAGCAUCACCAGCAGCCCCCACAACAUCAGAUGGUCCCUAUUCUCCUGUUCUGCGGAUCCUUUUCAUUCUAUUCAUGUCUCUGUUGUGUGUGAUUCCUAUGAUGUUCAUUUCUCUAUACAUAAACGGAUUUUUAACAGAGUGAAACAGAAAUCAAAAAACACCUGAAGCUAAAUAUAGCAGAAGCUGUAUUCAAGGUUUGAACGAGGGAAACAUUGUUAAACAUACACAGCAUUGCUAGAAAAAGAAGGAGAGCUUCAUGCAGGUGACAACUGACUGAAACGUUACAAAAUACUCCAGCUGGUGUAUGAACUGUAAGGCCAAUGCCAAGGUGUCCACACCAAAGGGCACCACAUCCUGAGAGAAACAGAACUUCAUCUGAUAAUGAACUCUCCUCAGGGUUUGCAUCUCCAUCUCAGACAGCAUACAACAAUGAACAAUGACCCACUCACACCAUCACAUCUGUUCUCUUCUCCAACUCUCCUCUCUCUCUCCAUCUCAACUCAGAGCUCUUUAAAGCUCACCCAUGAACUGGAUUUGACAAGCACCACAUCUUAUAAGAGCAAAGAAUCUUCAUAUGCAUGUUUGGUAUCAUUUGAAAUGUCUCAGUGCGAUUGGUACAAUGGUCUGAUUUCCACAGCAGUGGAGCAUUAGAGAUUUGUGGCUUAAUCAGAUCCAGGACAGAGUCCUUUACAAUGUCAAUUGUUGUUGUGUGGAGGAAGGGUAUUUUGGUUUGGGUAUUUAAGGAAAGCUGGAAAAUGUUCAGGGGGAUUCUUACUAACAUGAACCCCAUGGUGCCUUCAGACACACAGCACUGUGUUUUUUCCGAUCGCACCUUUUUCUACUGUCAGGUAUGCAUCUUAGACUCGUAGAUUAAUCUCUGAGGAUUUGAUGUUUUGUAUUCUCUGAAUUGAAUUGUAAUUGGCAUGAAACAUAUACCUGAGUAAU